CCGCUGCUUCCUCCUCAGGUGCUAGCCUGCCCGGUCCCAGCAGCCGCUGGAGGCUCGGCGACAAGUCCCCGAAACCAGGCCAGCGCUCCUCUGCAAAGGGCAGUUCCUGUGCCCCGCCGCCGCAUGGCCGAAGCUGGCUACUAUCCGCGCAGCCCCGCCGCGGGCCAGUGCGAGGCGAGGGUUGCCGAAGUGGCGAGAGCCCGCUGGCGGCUGCUCGGACAGGUUCUGAAGAAAAAGCAGUUGAAAGAUGUGCAUCUUCAGCAAGUGUCUGUAAGAAGGUUUGCCUCAUUCAAUCUCUUUUCAGUAGAAGACUGGGAUACAGAAGAGGAAACUGGAGCAUGGGUUCAGUAUAGAAGCAUCUUUUAUCCUGAGUAUAGAGUGUCCUUAAGGUUUCCAAGCAGACAGUUAGAUGUUAAAGAUGUUCUUACAAGUUUUGACAACACGGGGAAUGUCUGUCUCUGGCCAUCUGAAGAAAUUCUGGCUUACUACUGCCUAAAGCACAAUGACAUAUUCAGAGACCUUGCUGUGUGUGAGCUAGGGGGUGGCAUGACAUGCUUGGCUGGGCUCAUGGUUGCUAUUUCUGCAGAUGUCAAAGAAGUUCUGUUAACUGAUGGAAAUGAAAAGGCCAUCAAAAAUGUGCAUGAGGUCAUCACAAGAAACCAACAUGCAGGAGUAUUUAAGGCUCAGAAAGUGUCAAGCUGCAUUUUACGAUGGGAUAAUGAGACAGAUGUCUCUCAACUGGAAGGACAUUUUGACAUUGUUAUGUGUGCUGACUGCCUGUUUCUGGACCAGUACAGAGCUAGCCUUGUUGAUGCAAUAAAGAGAUUACUCCAACCCAGUGGAAAAGCAAUGGUAUUUGCUCCACUCCGAGGGAACACUUUAAACCAGUUUUGCAAUCUAGCUGAAAAAGCUGGUUUCUCUAUCCAAAGACAUGAAAAUUAUGAUGAACACAUUUCGAACUUCCACUCCAAGAUGAAAAAUGAAGGAAAAGAUACAUAUGAUGAAAACCUCCAUUACCCUUUUCUCCUCAUUCUAACCAAACACAGAUAGAAGAUGACACUUCCGUUUGUUCAUUUUAGGGUGGACUCCCGAAGGUUGAUCUAUGUACGUGGAUGGCCAGGGAAUAGACAGGGUUUGGUUUCCCCUCUUUUGUCCCUGAGUCAUCAUUAAAGAAAUAUUUCUGACUAAAAUGCUGAGGAAGAUACCAUGACUUUUAACACAGUAUGUAAGCAUUGGAAUGUUGGGGGGGUUUAUCGGUUUAGAACUGUUCUUUUGCAGUAAUAGUCCAGCCUAAGACCAGUCAGCCUUCACAUGUGUGCAUUAACAAAGGUGUAGAGCUGGCUUACUUCUCUUUUGUGCCUUUGAACAUGUGUGUACUUUAUUAAUGUCUUUCGAUGGUUGCUUUUUUGGGAUGUAUUUGAAAAAAUGUGACUAAUAUACUUUGUGGGGGUUAUAUAAUUGGUUGUAUAUUAAUAAAUGCAUUCACAUGUAAUUAGUAAGGAAACAGUUGUCCUAGGAUCUUUUAAAAGUGCACCUAUUGAAUGUUUGGGGGUUUCUGCCUUUUCUUUCCUCUUUUUUUUUUUUUUGUUAAUUAUUGUUUGAUUUUUCUAUCAAUUAAUGAAAUGUUCUCAUUUGUUUCAGUGUUGAAGCCCUUUUUUCGUA